CGAAGGGAAGGUUGACUUGCAGGAAGAAUCAGAUGAUAUAUCAUACUAUAUCGCGUGCCAUCACAAGCAGUCGCAAGCAUUGAUUUCAGAGCGGUGUGUAAUGUCCGACGACGAGUGCACAAUGCCUCAAGCCUGCUGGGCAUCAUUGAUGCUUGCACUCUUGGAGCAGGACUGCGCAUCCUCAGGGCAAGCCAAUUGUAGUGAUAAAGGCUUUGCAGCAACGCCAGCUGAGCAUUGUGGGCCUUUCAGCAUAGAGGAGGACAAGGAUCAAAGCGAUGCAAAUAUUGCUGGAAACCUUCCACCAGGAAGUCCAAAAUGCCACAAGAUGACAGCAUCACCUGAAGCCACUGCACCAAUAAUGGAGGAGACAUGUGCAGAUUCCUUCCUAUCUGAGACAACGGCCCAAGCUGGUCAUUUCGGAGAAAGUCCUGGCGCCAUCGAUGCAAACCAGUCUUUCCAAACUGAUGGCGCGAGCCGUAUUGCCUUCAACUCGCCAUUUGUUGAUGAGACCUUCUCAACUCCUGGAGUUCGUGAACACAGCCGUGCAGGAUGCGCAACGUCCUUUGUUUCUGUAGCAGCUGCGGAUUUGGCACGCCAGCACCUGGAGUGGGUUCAGGAACUGGAGUCUGUCGACCAGAAGCAAGUUGACCUGAUGAUGACACAAUGGAAACUCCUUCGCAGCCAGACUGGCAUGCUAGCGCAGCAGCUUAUCGACAUGCGCAAGGAGGUGGAUCAAAUAAAGCAAGAGCAGCACAAGACCACGCAACAUUUGGAGCAGCAAAACCUGCAGAGUCGAGAGCUACAACAUCGUCUUGGCGCAAUGCUUCAACAGAGUGUUGAGGAAACACACAUGAGCAUGGCCAGAAUGCGCACGGAGGUUCAGAAGCGGGCGUCACAGGAUUCGGAGAUGCGGCGAAGGUUGCAGAGCUUGGAAAGCUGGACUUCUACAACCUUUCCAAGAUUCGAAAGCGAGAUCUCGGAGCUGCACAGCGCCGUGGACGUGAGCGUAAAGCAGGUAACGCAGUUGAAGGAUCAACUUUUGCAGCAGGUGGAUGACUGGAAGUCUGGCCACGGGUUGGUGAUUGAGCACAGCACCAAGCUCCAUGACCGCAUGCGCAAAGGAUUGCGUGCCCUCAUGACAGCUCAUGAGACCCACCGAGAUGAAGUGCAGCAGGCGCACAAAGUCCUUCUAGAGCGCUGUGAACAACAGCUGGAGAGCAAGCUCCAGGAGGCAGAGCGGUUGCGAUGCCAGCACCCGGCGUCGCCGUUGGCGCUGAAGGCGGAGAAGAACAAGGUGAUGAUCAAGAUGACCGAGAAGAAGAAACUACGUCUCAAAGAACCUCUGAACAGUCCUGGGGGCGAAGGGGCUGGUCAGAAGAGGAGUGGAGGCAAUGGAAGAGCUUCUACGCUUGGGGACCUGGACCUGGCGGAGAAGGGGGUCCCGGAGUACUCUGGAGAAGAUGAUCGUGAUGGGCUGAAGGCCAAGGGGUACAUCCGGAAGGUCCUCAAGAAGACGGCCAACCAGGACAUCCGUGACUUCAACCAGGAGUUUGACAGGCAGAUCAGCCGGCUUCGCGAAGUUGGUUGUACUCUCCCGGACAACUGCCUGGCUUGGUGGUAUGUGGACAAAAUGAGGUUGGACAACGCCACUGAGCUGAACCUCUUGUCUUCGGUGGGCAACCUCUACAACCUCCAGAAGCUCCAAGAUGCAGCGAUCAUUCAGGACAGGAUGAACCGACGCCUGUGGGAGAGACGACCUGACGGAGACAAGAGGACUGAGGAGAAAAGGAAAGGACACCAGGCUCUGAUGACCACGUUGGAUGAAGACGACGAGGACAACGAGGAGCCGGGCCUCUCCGACAUUGAGGAGGAGGAGUUCAUCGACGAUGAGCACACCCAUGAGGCCUUCGUCGCUUUCCGGACGCCAAGAGCAAGUACCGGGCAGCUCUGA